AUGAUUGAGGAAGAAACGGUAAACCCCGACAGGUUGCUGACUAAUAUUUUCUUGAUCACCCUCGGUAGUACAUGUCCACAGUCCGGACAGUGGACACUCCCCAAGUUCUUUGCCGCUCCGAUCCCAUUCAGUGGCUGUCCGGACGAAAAGGGAAAUUUGUCGAGGAACCCGGGGUCAAAUCAGGACACAAUUGGUGGACAAAAUCCUCGAAAUAUCUGGUACCAAGGUUCCUCGGGUUUUUUGGAGGUCCUGGUCAACUAUUUAAAGAUCUGGCCUGUUUCGGUGUUUCUGGUGUCGCUUGUUCCGGAACACUCUCUAGACCUAAACUUUGGCCAUUGGCAAGAUGAACGAACACCUUUGAAUCUUCAAAGAAACACAGGAACUCCGAUUUCUCGGGACUCAACCAACGACGAACACGGUCUCCAAGGCUCGCGACCCUACCUUCCUCUUCGGGACAAUCUAUUCUCACUCACUGUCGCAUUAUUUUAA